AUGGCUUCAGCAGAGACUGCGCCUGCGCGCGCUCAGACUCUAUCCACACUUCUUGAGGGUCUUACGUCUUGUCUCACCAGCGCUAGCUCCUCCCUCCCAGCCCCUCGGAAAGAUGCGCCCACCGACGUAUCGAUCGCGCCUCCGCAAGACGGCAUCUCGCUUCUUGACACGAAGAGCGAAAUUCUUCUUUCUUACCUUCACAACCUCGUUUUUCUGAUAAUUCUACAACUACGACAAUCAUCGUUGAAUUCAAAGUCAGACGCGCCCGAAGAUGCGGCCGACAGCUCUCUCCGGGAUGAGGCAGUGAAAAAGCUGGUCGAGCUCCGGGUUUUUCUGGAUCGCGGCGUUCGUCCUUUGGAAGGACGGCUCAAGUACCAGGUCGACAAAGUUGUCAAAGCAGCGGAGGAUGCAGAGCGGGUGGAGAGCUCCGCUCAACCCAAAAAAUCAAAGAAGAAGGUCGCCAGCCAUGGGAAGUCCGAGGACGAUGACGAGGCAAGCGAUAGCGAGGCGGAUGAUUCCGAGGAAGAUGAUAUGGAUGAGAUGGCAUAUCGGCCUAACGUCGCAGCCUUCUCCAAAGGCAAGGUGGAGCAGAAGCAACCUGAGGCCAAGGCGACCAGAGAGGAGCCUAGCGAUGGCAUCUACCGCCCACCAAAGAUCAUGCCCACUGCUCUACCCACCACUGAGCGUCGCGAACGGCAGGAUCGUCGACCGCGGCGGUCUAAUGUCAUUGACGAAUUCGUCAGUGCUGAGAUGUCCGCCGCCCCCAUGGCCGAACCCAGCAUCGGUAGCACCAUCAUUGACGGUGGUCGCCAGACAAAGUCCAAGAAAGACCGUGAGCAUGAAGCGGAGCGAACUCGAUACGAAGAGACCAACUUCGUCCGUCUCCCCAAGGAAACCAAGAAGGAACUGGCCAAGCGAGGUGGCGGCCGCGAUACUACAUACGGUGGAGAUGAAUGGAAGGGCCUCACCGAGGGAGCGGAUCGAAUUGAACGCCUUACCCGUCGGUCGAAGAACAGUGGGUCUGCUCUCGAGAAGAGUCGGAAGCGCAGAAACGAGGAUGGGCAGCGCGGUGACGGUGUGGGGAUGGGCGAGAUCUUUGACAAACGUCGGAAGAAGGUUGACAGCUGGAAGCGGUAG